UAAUAGUGGGACACCGGAAAUAGAAUUGAUCACAACUUUCACACACGCGUGUUUGUCCGAUGAAGCUAGUGAAGGUAUAAGCGAUGAAUAUUUAUUGAAAAACAAAGUGCUUCAUCAAACACACUGCACAUAUUUAUAAAUUGACUUCAAUAAACUUUAAUAACGUUGACGUGGAAGAAUGGCUGAACUAGUACAACGACGAAUAGAGGAGAGGAUUCCCGAGCUUGAGCAGCUGGAAAGAGUGGGACUGUUCACCAAAAAGGAAAUCAAGUCUAUGCUGAAGAGGACCACUGCUCUAGAAUACAAACUACACCGAAGGGACCUUUCAAAAGAUGACUUCAUUGCAUACAUACAGUAUGAGAUAAACGUAUUAGAACUCGUCAAAAAGAGACGUACAAAUAUUGGAUACCAUUUCAAGAGGGAUGAAAUUGAAUAUGCCAUCAUUCAGAGAGUCAUCAACACAUUCCGGAGAGCAACCUCUAAGUGGCAGGAAGAUGUCCAGCUGUGGCUGUCCCAUGUAGCAUUUUGUAAGAAGUGGUCCACAAAGGGUGAACUGAGCAAGGUCUUCUCAUCCAUGCUUGCUGUCCACCCAGACAAACCCGCCCUGUGGAUCAUGGCUGCCAAAUGCGAGAUGGAGGACAGGAACUCAUCCGAGAGCGCCCGCCACCUGUUCCUGCGAGCCCUGCGCUUCCACCCCGACAGCAGGAAGGUCUACCAGGAGUACUUCCGUAUGGAGCUGAUGCAUGCUGAGAAGCUGAAGAAGCAGCAGGAGGAGCUGGAGAAGGCGAAGAUAGACGUGGGGGAGUAUGAGUUUUCCCCUGAGAUUCUCAGUGGCAAGUUGGCAGAGGUGGUGUACAGAGCCGCCACACAGAAGAUCAAAGGAGCUGACUUCGUCCUGACCCUCCUGCAGAUCGCGUCCAUAUUUGACUUCACCAAGGACCUACAGGCCACCAUUCUCCAAGAACUGCAGAGCCAGCACACAGACGACUCGGUCACGUGGGACUUCAUGGCCAAGCGCGAGCUGGAGGCGACCGUGACCCCGGAGCUCCAGACGGCCAAGGGCAAAGCCUCCGACACCGACCGCAAGGAGGAGCGCUGCUGCACCGUCUAUGAGGAGGGCGUCAAGAGCCUCAACACUGAGGCCAUGUGGACGUGCUACGUGACCUUCUGCUUGGAGAGAUACAAGAGGAAGACCAACGUCCAGGAGCUAAAAGACAAGAGAAGAGAGAGGUUACUGAAGGCACUGCAGGGGGCUCACCAGGCGUCGCUGCUCCCAGAGACCUUCUACAAAGCCUGGCUUGAGGUCUUGAUGUCGUCAGGCGACGAAGAAGCCACCGCCCAGAUCGCCACGGCAGCCACCCAGCGCUUCAGCCAAUCGGCGGAGACGUGGUGCCUGGCCCUGCAGACAUUGGUGAAACUGGGGAACGCAGAGGCGGGCGGUCUAUUCCAGGAAGCGCUCGCUCACGUGAAUCCCAAGGAGAGCCUGCCUUUGUGGCUGCAGUGGAUCCAGUGGAGCGAGUCCAGUCGGAGUGUUGAGGAGACAGAGGCCCUGUUUCAGAAGGGUCUGUUGUCCACCGUGCCAGCAAUUUCUUCAGCAGUCAAAGAGAAGUACCUGGAUUGGUCCAUUCGAACAGGAGGGUACAAGAAGGCACGAAAGACUUUCACAAGUUUACAUGAGCAUCGUCCGUUCACCAAGGCCUUUUUCACCAUGAUGAUCCAGAUUGAGAAACAGCAGGAGACUCACAAGAUGAACAACGUGAGAGACUGCUACGAACGGGCGCUCAGGGAGUUUGGCUCCACUGAUGAUGAUCUCUGGAUAGACUACAUUAAAGCGGAGCGAGGGGCCCACGGCCAACCCGAGAAUUGUGGGAAACUCCACUGGCGGGCGAUGAAGGCUUUGGAGGGCGAACAUGUGGAGCGCUUCAUUACCCAGUACACUCUGCUGCAGACGGGCCAUAUCUGAUGCCCCCACCAGUGGCACACUCGGGGGGGGAAACGGAGGUUGCCAGCACGUUCUUGGGUGUUAAGUUUUUCAAGACAUUGGUGUCUCGGAAGGUUUGAGGAAAGUUGGAAUGUCAACCAUUUUGUAUUAGUGUCUUACAGGAAGAGCAUGUUUCACAUUUUGACAGUUCUGCUCAGUCAACGAUGUUGGAAAUAUACAUUUAUUAUGAAUUUACUACUACAUUUUUCAGAUGAAUUUGUCUAUUAAAUAUGUCCCUGUAGUAGUGUGUCCUACAUGAUGUAACAGUGUUACACAGUUUCUGUUGUGGCGUUUCUGGUUGAGGAUUGGUGGAGCCUAGGUUUGGAAAAAACAGUUUCUCUUUUCUCAUCAAA